CACAUAAGAUUGAACGGUUGAUCGUAUUAGUUUCCAUAUAGUAUAUAUAGUGUAACAGCUGAUAGUUAUAGGUGUUGUCUUUUAAAACGAUUUCUAUUGGCUGCUGGUAGCCACACACCACUUUUAAACGGUCAAGAUUUUGGUAAUUGUACAAUACUGAUAAGGAAAAGAGGAAUAAUGGUGAACGUACGGAGAAUAAAAUUUCCUAUUUUUGUGAUUAUUUGUCAGGUUGUUUUCUUGGUGCUUUUUGGAGCAUUGGUGGAAUAUGACGACUCUGCAAAACCCGAUAACCAGGAUAAAACAGUCGAUCGUGCCGAGGGAGGCAUGGUUCCUAGAAUGUACCCCAUGUUUCAAGAUGUUCAUGUGAUGAUUUUUGUUGGUUUUGGAUUUCUGAUGACCUUCCUCAAACGAUAUGGUUACUCGGCUGUCGGUAUUAACCUCUUGAUAGGAGCUUUUGUAAUCCAGUGGGCCAUUAUCAUCAGAGGACUGCUGUCAGAUCAUGGUGGUAAAUUUACCAUUAGUGUUACAGAUAUGCUGACCGCAGAUUUUGCUGCUGCUACAGUCCUAAUAUCCUUUGGAGCAGUGCUAGGAAAAGUUGGUCCAAUACAGCUACUGGUUAUGGCAAUUAUUGAGGUUGUCUUGUCACAAGUUAAUGAACAUAUAGGACUUGAAAUGUUACAUGUUGCAGAUGUUGGAGAGUCUAUGUUCAUUCACGCUUUUGGUGCUUAUUUUGGGCUAGCCGUAGCGAGAGUUCUUUACAAUGAUAAAAGUGAGGAUAAUCCAGCAGAGGGCGCAGUAUAUCAUUCGGAUUUAUUGUCAAUGAUUGGUACCGUAUUUCUUUGGUUAUAUUGGCCUAGCUUUAACGGCGGUGGUGUUACAGGCGAUGAGCAACACAGAGCUGUCAUAAAUACAUAUCUCUCAUUAACUGUCUGUACGCUCGUUACAUUUGUUAUAUCUGCCUUGGUGGACGGAAAAGGAAAGUUUGAUAUGGUACAUAUACAGAAUGCCACAUUAGCAGGUGGAGUGGCAGUCGGAACAGCAGCUCAUAUGCCGCUUCAUCCAUGGGGAGCUAUGCUUCUUGGUGCAGUUGCCGCAGUUAUUUCUACUGUCGGUUAUAAGUAUAUUACUCCAUGUCUCAGUAGUAAAAUUAAGCUUCACGACACCUGUGGUGUUCAUAACCUCCAUGGUUUGCCUGGAAUUCUGGCUGCAGUCGCUGGUGCUGUUAUGGCAGCUCUCUCGUCUAAAGAAAAGUGGGGAACCAGCCUUUUUGAGAUUUUCCCUGAGAUGGCUGCAUCAAACGCUACAGGAAGUGUGAUGCCGGGUUCAGACCGAUCAGCUACAGUUCAAGGUGGAUACCAGAUGCUUGCCUUAGUUAUCACCCUAGCUAUUGCCAUUGUUGGCGGGAUUAUUACUGGGUUUAUACUGAAGUUACCAAUUUGGGACAGUCCGGAAGGUGAAAAAUUCUUUGACGAUAAUCACAACUGGAACGUAGCAGAAGAAGGCUUCCCUGGAUUUCCAAAAUCAAAGUAUGAGAAUGGGAAAAGUAAUGAUGAUACUGAAAUCAAUCUUAUGUCAGAUGAAACGAAACUCAGCUGAGAGCAUCAAAGACAAUGGUCAUAUAAUAAGUACAUCUAUUUUAUCUUUAAUAUGCUAGGUCCUUGAUGCUUGGAAUCGGGCAUGUGUUUUGUUUUUGCUUUAUUAAAUUGAUAUUGCAUGAAUUUUGUUUCUUCUAUUUGUACUGUUUUAUGUUUUAACUAUGAAAAUGUUAUUUUAAAUCUUUCUUUUGGUCAUGUAAACAAUAUUUUUCAAAAGGAAUCCCAUCUCCAACUAUUCUGCAUUUUUUUACUUUAAAUUUACACAAAUGAAGAAGGCGUGUUUCCCGCUGUCAACAUACGGGUAACACCCUUGCUGUCAAGUAUCAUUCGGCAAUUCUCGGUAGAAUCCGCUUCUCUUCUUCUAUCAACGUUAGAUGAGGGUACGGAAUCGACCGAGUUGAGACGAAUGGUCAAGAAUAACAGAUAAUAAAGGGAAUCAGUCUAUAAGGUUGAACCAAAAGUAACUGCAACAAAAUAUUAACUAUGACAGAAAUGCUAUUUUAAGUUUUUGCUGUUACACCUAGAAUCGAAAAGCUUGAUAUAUAACUCUUAAUUUCAUGGUUUUGGCAUCAAAAUGUAAUAAUGUGUUCAAGCGUUGACCGUGCGCACACUUUAUGAAUGAAUAUUAGCUCUCAGUCUGCAUGCAAAAUGCGCUACGUUCAACUCCUUUCACACCUUAUAAUUAUGAAAUAUUUAUUUAGACUUUGAUAGUGCAAUACACAUGCACAAGAACAAUUAUUAUUGUAAAAAAUAAUUUUCAAUGAUUUUUUUUACCAGCUUUAAAAAAAACAAAUAAAACAUGGUCAUUUUGUACCUGCGAUUGUCCCCUUUUUUUUUAACAAAUUCCCUAAAACAAAGUUUAUAUUUAAAAAUGAGCUAUUGCUGAAAAUGUGUAUGACAUAUAAGCAAACUGUAUAUGUGUGUGUGAGAAUAAAAAGAAAACUUAUAUUUUACAAAUAAUUUAAUAUACCCUUUUACACAAAUAUUUGUAUUUUUUGCUUUAUUACAUAUAAUGUAUUGUACGUGUAAUAUAUGUAUUUUUGUUACAUACAUAUAGGUAUAUUAUGUUUUUAUAU